AGCUUCCUGAGAGCUGGGCUGAUAUGCAGGAGCCACUGCUUGAGGGCAUGUGCUUCACCCUCAAGUAUCUGGGCAUGACGCUGGUAGAAAAACCAAAAGGAGAAGACAUGGCUGCUGCUGCCAUCCGCAGGAUCGUGGCCACGGCACGGGUUGGAGCUCGCAAGUUUCAGAAGGUGAUUCUGACAGUGUCUCCAAGGGGCAUCUCACUGCAGGAUGCAGACACUAAGGAGAUGGUGGAGAACAUCUCCAUCUACAGGAUCUCCUACUGCACAACAGACAAGCUGCAGAACAAAGUCUUUGCUUAUGUCGCCCAGAGCCAGGAGAGCGGGGCACUGGAGUGCCAUGCCUUCCUCUCACCCAAGAAGAAGAUUGCCCAGGCUGUGACUCUGACUGUGGCCCAGGCCUUUCAGAUGGCACUGGAUCUCUGGGAAGCAGCACAUGCAGGCUCUAGGCAGGAUCAGCCCCUUCACCCUUCAUGUGUCUUGGAGAGCAGUGAGGCCGGCAGAGCCCGUGAGCCGGCCCCCCCAGGGAGAGCUCCCUUCACACACCACUUUGGGGAGGAGGAAGAGGAGGAGGAAGAUGAUAAUGUCAGUGAAACCUUGUCUGGCAGCAUGGAGGAGCUGGGGAAGGGACUCCACAGCCCAGCAGGAUUAAUACCUCUUGUGCCCCCAUCAAGCUCUCCUCGGGCACAGCUGCUGUGCUGCCGCCGGGGGCCACCCCCGCACAGCUGGACGGGGCUGGGAGGGGCUGGAGGCUCCCCCAGCACCGGCACCAGGACUGCUGGCCCGAGUGCUCCCCUGGGCUAAGCCAAACCUCUGCAACAACGGACCAGCCACUCAGGAUUCACCCUGUGCCUGCACCUGGGCCAGCCAGUGCCUGCCACCGCCCUGGCACCGCCCUGCUGGCACGGGGGCUGCUGGCACUGCUGCCAUGGAGUGCACAGCCUGCAGCACCUGCUCCUCGUCCUGUGCCGCCUGCAUGAACCGCCUGGAGCUGCAGCUGCUCCCAGCUGGGGCAGGGGAGCCAUGCUCCUCGCUCUGCUCACUGCCAGGCCGUGCAGGCCGUCCUGCAUGCUCUGAGCCUGCCUGAUGCAGGCAGUGUACACAUGGCUCUGCUCACUGCCAGGCCGUGCAGGCCGUCCUGCAUGCUCUGAGCCUGCCUGAUGCAGGCAGUGUACACAUGGCUCUGCUCACUGCCAGGCCGUGCAGGCCGUCCUGCAUGCUCUGAGCCUGCCUGAUGCAGGCAGUGUACACCCUCAGGGAGCAAAAGCUCUUGGCCUGGAGCAGUGUGUGAUGAAGGCCUUUCCCCUGCAGUUCAGCCCCACACCCUCUCACAAGUGAAAUUACCUGGUUUUUAAAGGAAAGCUGCUCUGCCUUUAGAGAGAAAUAAACUGAGUUUUUUACUAUUGUCA